ACGAAGAGGCACGUGAUCCCGGAAGAAACGUAAUGCGGAAACUUUAAAGUACAAACAAUUACAUCCGGCUUACAUGGCGCGUUGCACACUGUCAACGCUCCUGUUGAAUUUAAAUAUGUUGCAAUUUAUCGUUGAUAUUGGCCUAAAGACACAGUUUGUUUUUUAAACGCAAUGUUUGGGCUGAAACGAAGCAAACGUAUCGCCAACAGCUCGGUGUUCUCGCUUAAAAUGUGUUUGCAGGUGUAUAAAAUUCCAUGGCUUUCCACACCGACGCGAACUCUUCUGGAAAUGCACCCCCCGAAUCCCUCCAAGAUCGAGGUUAUCUCUGAGUUGAGUAAGAGCUCGGUGCUGAUGAGGGAGCGUCGUCGAGUGGAGAAAAAGCUUCAUGCCAUGCGGCAAGAAGGCCCCGGCAAUUUUCAUGUUAUUGCAGACUACGACAUGACGCUGACCAGAUUCGCCCACAAUGGAAAGAGAGUCCCCACCACUCACAACAUCCUGGACAGCCCGCUGUUGGUUAAUAAAGAAUGUGGCAAAAAGAUGAGGGAGCUGUUGAGCACUUAUUAUCCAAUAGAGAUUGAUGCUAGCCUGACUGUUGAGGAGAAGCUGCCCUUCAUGGUGGAGUGGUGGACGAAGGUUCACCGGCUGCUGGUUGAGCAGAAGAUCAGGAAGGAUCUUCUUGCUCAAGCUGUCAGGGAGUCUUCUUCAAUGCUGAGGGACGGCUACAAAGUCUUCUUUGACUGUCUGGCUGAUGAGAACAUUCCUCUGCUGAUCUUCUCUGGCGGUGUUGGAGAUGUCCUGGAGGAAAUGAUCCGCCAGCACCGCGUCUUCCAUCCAAACAUCCACGUCAUUUCCAACUACAUGGACUUUGACAACUCUGGUGUUCUGCGAGCAUUCAAAGGUCCGCUGAUUCACACCUUCAACAAGAGUCAAGGUGCGCAGUCGCACGCCGCCCGCUUCCCAGAACUCCAUGCCCACCCCAACGUGCUGCUGCUGGGAGACUCCCUGGGGGACCUCAACAUGGCGGCAGGGGUGCCCGCGCCUCGCAACAUCCUCACUUUAGGCUUCCUCAAUGACCAGGUGGAGGAGAGGAGGGAGUCCUACAUGAACUCUUUUGACAUUGUGCUGGUGAAGGAUGAGACGAUGGACAUCCCCAACUCCAUCCUCAGGUUUUUGACGUCAUCUGGAGCCAACAAGUAAGACUGACAGGACUAUUUUUAUCGCUUUUCGCAUGGAAUACCUCCCUCUGACCUCAGGAGACAUUUGGACCCGUAUUCUUUAAGACUCUGAGAACCCUGUCAGAGAGCUCCUAACUCAACAUAAAACAUCUUUGCUUAGGACUGAUACCAGAACAUUCUCAGAGAACUCUUAGCAAGGAAUGGACAGAAACUUCUACAGUGUCUUGAUGAGGAAUUGUGGUUGACCCCUUUGCUAGGUAUUAGUCAUCAUUUCAAAAGCUGUGAUUGGUUGAUCUAAAAGCUAGAUAAAAACAUUUACUUAUGGUGAUAAUGGACCCUCAAAUCGAUAAACUUAAUCAGACUUAAUCUUAAUCAAAGACUGUGUAAUUGUAAAUAAUAUUUCACAUAAAAGAAAAUAUCUGUUAAAUGAAUUGUAAGCUAUACUUUACAAUUAUUCUACGAAUGCAUGAAAACUUAGGCCCUUUUGCUAGUUAUAUUUAUUAGCUCAAAAAUAAUUGCCAUGCUGGUAUUUUUUGCACUUUCAACAUUUCAACUCAAUUUGGCAUUUAGGAGGGUAAAAUGGCUCAACUUUCAUCAUUGCUGACCGGCCUGUAAGAAGUGGUGUUGAUUGGCUUUCAUUUAUGGUGGAGUUGCAUUGGAGAAGUAAGUUCAUCUCCAUUUUUUUUUACUUUGCUUCGGGAACUCACAAGUCAGUGUUUUUCAACCUUUUUUGAGCCAAGUCGCAUUUUUUUCAGAGAAAGUCACAAAAUGAAACUCAAUAGUCUAUAUUGACAAUAGAAAGUUGUUCUCAUAAAAUACCUGACACAAUUGUUCAAUAUGAAUUUCAAACCAUAAAGAUCCAUCCAUUCAUCACUGAUUAUCUUGUCUCAAAGUAGGCCUACAAAGCAAUUAGCUACCUGCUGCCACCUACUGAUAUGGAAGAGUAUUUCAUGGUUACUAUGCCGAUCUCAACAAAGGCACAUAUGUGGAUUAUAAUUAUCCAUCCAUCCAUUUUCUACCUCUUGUUUCAAGCUAAGACUCCAUUCAAAUGUUUAGAAUCACUUUACUACAAAUGUGUUCUUGCUGAGACUGUUUGGAUUAAGUGUACACGGGUACUUUUUCCCUGAUUUUAGACUCCUUUAUACAUUGUCUAUAAAUAUUAACGUAUGGAUUGUUAUAUUGUAUUGUUGUACAAGGGUGAUCUGGUGCGCAACAACUUACCAUGCUUGCGUAGAAGUUCUAUAUUGUUGCAAAUGUUAGUAAUUCUCAGUUACUGCUUUGAAAGACAUGUUUUUGAGCCUAAAAAUGUAAAAGUUGAACUUUACUAUACACUUUAUUAGGUACAACUGCACGGUCCAGUAUAAACAAAAAUGUAUUAUAUAAUGUCUUAACCAGAUAUUGUAUAAGUGUCUCUUAUAAAAUGACUAGUGAAUUGAUAUUACAUUCAAAACAA